AUGACGUUUCUGCUCCUCGAGAUCGUCAUUUGUACGGAAGCACAAAAAUUUUUUGACUUUGAAGUUGAAGAUGGUUUCGGCAAGAAAGUAUCUCUGUCUCACUUUAAAGGAAAAGUUCUCUUGGUAGUGAACGUCGCAAGCGAGUGCGGAUACACAGACAAUCACUACAGAGCCCUGGUUCGAUUACAAGCUGAGUUGGGUCCUGAAAAUUUUCAAGUACUCGCGUUUCCAUGCAACGAUUUUGGCAACCAAGAGCCAAGGGACACAGCAGAGGUAAUGCAAUUCGUGAGAGAGAGGUACGGACUGAACUUUCCAAUCUUUGGGAAAGUUAAAAUAACGAAGAGCCAGCCUAUAUCUCCGUUGUUCCAAUUUCUUCAAGAAAAAACAAAAUCCCAAAUCACGUGGAACUUUUUCAAAUUCCUAAUCAGCACGGACGGAGAACCGAUCGGUUCCUGGGGUCCACAAACCAGUGUUAGCGACAUCACUCAAGUUAUAAAGGACCAAAUACCGACUUUCGAUUUCGGAGGCAUAAUUUCAAAAAAAAAACUUCUUUAG